GGUGUGCGGUGUCUCGUCUCUCUGGGCGGCCAUCGCUGGGGCGGUGGGGAAGGCCGGGGGUGGGUGAGCAUCCCACUCCCGAGGGGUCUCGGCUUGGAGCUGGGAGAUCCCACCGCUGGAAGGGUUGGACCGGACCCCCACCCAGCACCCCCACCCGCCGCCCCAAGCUGUAUUUUUGGCACCCCUAGCUUCUCCAGCCGAGCUACCCACCUCAGGAGGACUGCUGAGGUCCAGGGGAGACCUCCAUGGGUGAUGCUCUCCUGGCAGCCGUGGUGGAGGGAAGAGGACACCAGUCUUGAAGCUCAAAGACACCCAGGGACAAGGGCUUCAGCUCAGGACACCCAGUUGUGACUCUCCCGUGCCUGUAGCUGGUGACAGCCAUGUCAGCCCCAAAGGACAGAUGGGUUCCUUCCUUCUUUUUCCUGCUCUUCUGUGCUUCCUCCAUCCCAGCGUGGGGAAGUGGGAUGCUGCUGCAGGAGCUGGGCCCCCAGGAGUAUUUCAGGAGCUUACAAGCUGGCAGAGCAUCCCUGGCUUAUUUCAGCCGUAAAGCUUCUUCUGGUGCCCAGCCCUUCUUGGAGCAGAUUGAGAACUCGGCAGAGGCCCUCCAGGACUAUGGCAUUUCAGUGGUGAAGGUUAAUUGUCCCAAAGAGGAUGUCUCAAGAUACUGUGGGAAAGAAAAUGCCUUAAGGACAGCCUAUCUGUUCAGAGGUAACGUGCUGAUCCGAGAGUUCCCCACCGAUGCCUUGUUUGACGUGGACUCCAUCGUUGCCAAUGUUUUGUUUGCCCUGCUCUUUAAUGAAGUGAAAUACGUGGAAACGCUGGCAGAUCUUCAGAACAUUGAAAACACACUGAAAGGGAGGUCGAACAUGGUCUUUGCUUAUGUGCCAGCUACUGGGACAGCAGAGCACAGAGCCGUGAUGGAGGCGGCUUUUGUCUAUGGGACCGUCCACCAGUUUGUUCUGACCACAGAGGCAACGCUCCUGAAAGAUGCUGGCCAUGAGGACCCUGACGUGUCGUCUGCUCGGCUGCUGUUCUGCCACUGCCAGCGGGCCACGGACCUGGCCCAGCCCUGCAGGAGGACGGCCAUGGGGCAGGCUCUGACGUUGCUCAACAUCCACAGGCACCUCAAGCUCAUGGGGGCUCCUCUGGUGACAGAGGUUGCUGAGGACCCAGAGAAGGUUUCCACUGUUCACUUACAGCUUGGGCUGCCACUUGUGUUCAUCCUCAGCCAGAAAGACACCUACGAAGCUGACAGGAGGACAGCAGAGUUUGUGGCCUGGCAGCUCUUGGGGAAAGCAGGAGUUGCCCUUUUGUCCAGGGACCUCGUCAAUUUGAACGUUCUGCUGCGGUCAAACGUCGCUCUGAAGACACCAGAUGAGGGUGUGCCAGUCAAAUACCUGGUUUUGGAAGACACCGAUGAAGUUAUAACCCUGGUGGAAGAUAAGAGCAAGGUUGGACAAAUCCAGGAGGAGGAGGAGGAGGAGGAGGAGGAAGAAGAUGAGGAGGAAAAAGACAAUAACAAUCAAGACAUUCAGGAUGACCAAGUGGUGGAAGCAGUUUCCAGGGACAAGAAGCGAGAGCUGCCCCUGGAGCAGAUCCUUGUCCUGACAGAGGAGACCUUCCACUCUGCCCUCCUGGAGGCUGCCCGGACGGUGGUGCUGUUUUAUGCCAGCUGGGAGGCAGUGUCCCUGGCAGUGCUGCGGUCCUACACCGAGGUGGCUGAUCAUCUGAAAGGAACUCAGGGGGUUUUGCUCUCUCGAGUCAACUGCUGGGACUGGCCCGGAGUCUGCACAGAGGAGAAUGUCACUCAGUUUCCUACCAUCAAGAUUUACCAGAAGGGAGAGGGAUCGGUCCUGUACGAUGGCAUGUGGGGGACCGAAGAACUGACCAGCUUCAUCAUGCUGAGCCGAGUUUCCUGCCCUCUGAAGCUGACCACGAUUGAGGAAGCAGAAGGAUAUUUAAGAGGAGAGUUUCCAUCUGAGCUGUCGUCCUAUCACCACACUUCGGUUCUAGGAGUAUUUAGCACGGCCACAAGUGAAGCCAGGGAAGCUUUCGAAGAGGCAGGAAGCAUCUUAAGUGGCCACGUAACGAUGGGGAUGUACUUCGAAGAUGAUGCAUUGGCUUUAUCCCGUAAAUACUCCGUGUCCCCCCCAGCCCUCCUCCUCGCCAGGAGCGGAGGUCGGAGCGUGGAAGGCAUCGCUUUGUCCAAAGAGAGCACACAGGACAUGGUGCAGAUGAUCAGAUACGAAUUGCUGGACGUUUUUCCAGAAAUCACCGUGCAAAAUCUACCCCACUACUUGCAACUCCAAAAGCCCUUCCUCAUCUUCUUCAGCGAUGGUGACAUCGGUCAAAUGGAAAGCAAGGAAAUGCUGAAGCUGGCAAAAGGAAGACCCCGGCAAGAGUUUGUGGCUUGUUGGUUGAACCUGAAGAAGACGCCGGUGGGGCGCGGGGUCCUGAAGGUCUACUUUGCCGCCGUCCCUUCGUUGCCUCUCCUCCUCUGGGUGAACCUUCAUGCCGGGGGUCAGGUAUUCAAGUUCCCAUCAGAGCAGACCGUGACAGAAACGAACGUCUUGUCUUGGCUGGAGAGGCUAAAAGCAGGGCUGGAGAUUCCCAGCAGUACCUUGUCUGAGGAAGACUGGAAGCCACCUCUCCCCGCUUACGAUUUCCUCCAGAUGAUGGAGACGGCCGUGCCUGAGCUCCCCCUCCACAAUUCCCACCACCACGGGGACCCACCGGUGCCCGAAAGCCCAGGAGGGGACACCACCAUCCGGGAGGAGCCAUCCCAGCAGCCCAAGGCAGAGAAAGUGGGGUCUCCUGGGAGGGACCUGCGGGGGACAGCCCCCAGGCUAGCAGCAAGGGAGAAGCAGGGCAAGAGACACAGCGAGCUCUGAGGGCCAGGAGAAGUGAAAGAUCUGGGAGGGUGCCCAGAAAACCCUCUCACUUUCCCAGCCCUCCCCGAGCCUUUACAGCCAGGAGAGAAGUGCUUUUAGCUGUAAAUUCAUGGAGAAGGGAUCCAAAUUCAUGGAGAAGGGACAAAAGUCUCAGGGUGAGUUCCCUGCUGCUCUAGAUUGGUCCUUCUGUCAUUUCUGGUGGUGGAAAUGUGUCGGGACACUCCACACCUCGGAU